AUGAGGGCAUUUUUGUAUCUGCAUGUCUAUGAUUGGAGGCUUACAAGAGAUGUAAUUAUUGAGUAUAUUGAUAUGUCCAUGGCACUUAAGGUAUUUACACUUGCCGUCCUUGUGGCCAUUGCCCUCGCCCGCCCUGAGAACACACCGUCCUAUGGAUAUGGCGCUACAACGCCCUCUUCAGCACCUGCCAAAUACGACUUCAACUACGCCGUCAACGACCCACCAUCUGGCAACGACUUCGGCCAUCAGGAGGCCCGAGAUGGCCCCAACACUCAGGGUUCCUACUACGUCCUACUUCCUGACGGUCGUCUUCAGAGGGUCACCUACACUGUCAACGGCGACUCCGGUUAUGUGGCCGAUGUCACCUACGAGGGUGAUGCCACACCACGCCCCUAUACACCCGCUCCCCAGUAUGCUUAGAGAUUAA